AUGGAUGAGUCUACAAACAUCACAAAUGCAGUAACCCCUGAUUUUGAUGUGUAUGGUGCCAUGGACUGGAGUGAUGGUGUUGGAACCUUACCUGGGAGUGAGCUAAAGUUUAAGGUGAAUGAGUUUGGAGUCUUGGAGGUCCUAACAGAGGAGGGAGAUGAUGAGAGGGUGAAGAAGUCUCAUGCUACCACUACAUGGGCAGUGCCCACUGCGCAGGAGGCCCUCUCAGACAGUGUGUGUGUGGCAGUGAAAGAGGAGAGGCAGGAGGGUCAGUGGGCCCAGAGAGGCCUGGUGUGUGUGCGCUGCCAGAGGAAGGGCUCCCCCGUGGACUUCCUGUCUGACUGCCUUCACUGCAGCGAGCGCUGUCUGCAGCAGGACCAGCAAGAGUGACUGAAGAAAGAGGUGUCUAAGAGCAAUGGGGAGGUGGUGGGUAUCAGCUGUAAGUGGCCUCUGCAGCAGUACAAGGAGAGCCUAGCUGACAAGAUGAGCACCACAGAGGUCCUGCCUGAGGACCAUGAUGAGGACUAUGAGGAGAAAGACAGCAGGAAGACGACGCGUGGCGCUCCGCGAGGCAGGAGGAAGCGGAGGGGGGAUGCAGCCCUGCUGAGACACACUGUUCCAUAUGGAGGGAAGAAGAAGUCUUGGUGUUGGGCCUCCUAUCUGGAGCAGGACAAAGCCAUCGCUGCCCCCACUAAACUGUUCAAAGAGCACCAGGCCUUCCCCCAGAGUAAGAAUGGAUUCCGGGUGGGGAUGAGGCUGGAGGGUGUAGACCCAGAACAUCCCUCCAUGUACUGUGUGCUCACUGUAGCUGAGGUUUCAGGACACCGAAUACGGCUUCACUUUGACAAGAACUUGGACUGCUAUGACUUCUGGGUGAAUUCCAACUCUGCAGACAUCCACCCUGUGGGAUGGUGUGAGAAAACGGGACACAAGCUGCACCCCCCCAAAGGUAUGAAGGAUGAGGAGUUCGGCUGGUCGUCAUACAUCAAGCAGAGCAAAGCCCAGGCAGCUCCCAAGGCCCUAUUUGAGAAUCAGAACACGACUGUCACCCCUUUAGGAUUCAGAAUUGGGAUGAAGCUGGAGGCCAUUGACAAGAAGAACCCCUCCUUCAUCUGUGUUGCCACAGUAACAGACAUGGUGGACAGUCGAUUCCUGGUGCACUUUGAUAACUGGGAUGAGAGCUAUGACUUCUGGUGUGAUGCAACCAGUCCCUACAUCCACCCAGUGGGCUGGUGUCAAGACAACAACAGGAUUCUCACGACCCCUCCAGGUUACCCCAGUGUCAAGGAUUUCUCCUGGGGAAAGUAUCUGGAGGAGACCAACUCAUCACCGGCCCCUGCCAGGGCUUUCAAAGGGAAACCUCCCCACACCUUCCUGCCACUCAUGAAGCUGGAGACGGUGGACAAGAGGAACCCCAUGCUUGUCAGAGUGGCCACCGUGGUAGACACUGAGGACCACAGGAUCCAAAUCCAUUUUGAUGGCUGGACGGAUGAGUAUGACUACUGGGUGGACACAGACAGUCCAGACAUCCACCCUGCGGGCUGGUGUGCUAAGACUGGCCACCCCCUCCAGCCCCCGAUCAGUCCACAGGAGCUGUUUGAGUCGUCAGGGCAGGGCGGAUGUCCCACCCCAGGGUGUAAAGGUGUGGGCCACAUCAAAGGAGCCCGCUACUCUGGCCACCACAGUGCGGUGGGAUGCCCAUACUCUGACAUCAACAUCAACAAGGACUCAGUGCUGCCAGACCGUCUGAGUGGUGAGAUGCCAGGGUCAGGAGGACUGGGCCGACCCCGACGGGCAGAACCCAACCCAGACAACCACCCAAAGAAGGUAGAGGAGCUGGUGGAGGACGAGGAGAUGAAGAGUGAGUCUCAGUGCCGUUGUCCUCGCAAGGUGAGGUAUUGAAAACAGGAGCUGACACUACAGGAAGCCCUUCACCAGUCAGUGUUCAUGCCAUGCACCUCGCCAUCCCCCAGCAGCACUCCUUUCUGCUGGGACCAGCACAGCAAGCUGCUACCCACCGUGGCUGGCAUCACUUCAAGCAAAGUGGCUGUGUGGACAGUGGAGGAGGUGAUUGAGUUCAUCCAAGGUCUUCCAGGCUGUAACGAACACGUGCACACUUUCAGAGAUGAGCAAAUAGAUGGUGAAGCCUUCCUUCUGUUGACUCAGGUUGACCUAGUGAGGAUCAUGAGCAUCAAGCUGGGUCCAGCCAUUAAAAUCUACAACUCCAUCUUGAUGUUCAAGACGGCAGAGGAAUCGGCAUGUAAUGAGCUCUAACGAAGGUCGGAGGCCACUAUUUUUACCCUGAGCAGAGCAGAGCAAGGAGAAGGAGGUCUACAGAUAAGGAUGUGAAGCACAAAGAACCAUUCUUCUUCCCAGAGGAAGCAAACUGAAUGCACAUGUGAAUUGCACAAGUAAUUUUUUUUAAGACAGCCAUAUUGCAUACUGCGAAUCUCCAAUGUGAUUGACUCAUUGGAGAAAUGUCAUUUUCAAUCAUCAGCUCUAUUAUGUGUAAUAUUAUUGUACAGUAUAGGCUCUUUUUAUAUUAGUGUUGGGGUGGUGCCACGAGGAUGCUCGUUCUACCUAAAAACUAAAACUGGAAAUGUAGAGCAAAUGCGUCAGAUUUCCUUUAGUGCAUCACAAUCAGCAACUCUGCCAUUUUCAUCAUGUAGAAAGUCCCAUCUGCACAGGGCUUUAGCUGUUCCGGUCUCUCUGGGAUGCUGAUGUCAUGCAGGUCAGAGAGAUUCUAACUGAGAAUGGAAGCUCAGUGAUUCCCCAGGUGAGUGGCACAGAGAAAUUAAUACAUUCAUGAGAAAGUCCUCAUGCUUUUUUAUCCUUGUUACUUCUGUCUGGCUGCUGGGUUGG